GUGAAACCUUUAUUUACCUUGACUGAAAAUCAAUAUUUUCUUAUCCGCGACGCAAGCGAACCGUGCGGGGUAUAAAGGAACUUCGAGUUUGAAUUUGGUGCAGUUAGGUGUUUCCUUAGCAUUAAGGCAGGAAAAGCAGGCAUAAAGACUGUUGCUGUGUUCAGAUGCGAGAGGAGGUGUCGAACUGGGACGGUUAAGUUUAAAGUAGGCCUACAGCACGUGUCUCUGACUGUCCCAAGGGUAGGGCUAGUAUAUAUAUAAGGAUUGGAGAUAGGGCAUCUAAAAUGGAAGGCUGACAUAAUGUGUCUUUUAACGAGACCUCCACAUAAUCGGUCCAGGCUGACUGGGUGAUCACGCGACUGCUGGUAACUAUGUAUAUAUAGGACCUGUCCUGACGUCUCAAUCAGCCAUUUUACGGGAGGAACCAUUCCAAAGGUUUAUAUUUGCACAAGUGUCAUCAGAAUGACAUCUCAAGCCACCACACUUCGGUCACUUGGUCGACUAGAAAACGGCAUGUUUGUCUUGCACGAGUAUGGUAACACAACCAACGUGUUCAGCGUGUGGAUCAACACGAAGACUCACGUGCCAGAUGACACAUGGGAGCGCUCUCUGAUUCUGCUUCAGAAGAAUUUUCCAACGCUAAGACUGCGAGUAGUGCAACAGGAUGGCAAAAGGCAUUUCAAGUUCAUGGACGAUCCUCAUGUUGACUUCGAAGCUCAAAAUUUGAGCAAGCCUGACGACUGGAAGGAUCUUUAUGAAAACUUGCUGCAAGUAAGGUUUGAUACUGUCAACGGGCCUCUGUGGAAGGCCAAGUUUUUGCGCCUGCCUCAUUCAAAGGGCAAGAAGGAGGGGGUUGAGGACAGUGAGUUUGGGCAUGCCAAUAUCCUUAUGUUCGUUUUCAAUCACUGUAUUACAGAUGGGAAGUCAAACAUCAUCAUGCUCUCUCGUCUUGUCCAUAUUCUCAACGCUGUUAUAGGAGGGGAGGCAGUAGAAGAAAACGAUAUCACUACCCUAAAACCAACGACAGAGCAUCUUAUUCCAAAAGAAAAUCUAAAGCUCCGUUUGAAGGAUGCCAAAGAAAUUGGGAGAGAAAUCUACAACAAUAUAUUCCCCAGUGAAAAUUUAUUUCUGAAAAAGUUCCCAGCACCUCAACUUCACGAAGAAGACACAGGGCGCACCAGGGUGGUUCCUUUGAAGUUGUCUGUGAUUGAGACAGAGAACCUCUUGGCGAAGUGCAAAGAACACCGUUCAACUGUAAACGGCAUCUUCGUAUCGGCGGCCAGCAUUGCAAUGUCGCGAUUGAUAAACGAAGGAUCCACGCCGCGUCCAAUGAACUUCAAUACGAUGACCUCCGUUACCUUUCGCCGUUAUAUACCAGAGUAUAUGGGCAACGUCCUGGGAUGUUUUAUAGGUCCCCACCGCCUUCCGUUGUCAAUUCCAGCUGACACAAGUGACCGGCUUUGGCCACAGGCUCAACAGAUCACCAAGACCUUCCACGACGCUCUGGACCAUGAUCGCGUUCUGCAAGAGUAUCGCGUGCUCAGCAGUUUAGCCUUCGAAAAGGGCAUCAGAAUGGCAAUGGCGUCCAAGGUUUGCGAUCACGAUUUUGAAACGUCCAACAAUGGCGACUACGACCUAGAUUUUCCGGCGGAGGAUAAGCACGUGAAGGUCACCAAGAUCGUCAGUUCUACAGCCAUGCAGGACCUCCACACGCCCUGCAUUCAUUACCUGCGGAAGUUUCGCGGUCAGUUUCUGUAUAACCUUGACUAUGCUACCAAUUGGAUGUCCGACAAAAAUGCACACAGGUUAGCAAACUUGACCGUCCAACUGAUGAAAGAAGCUUCUAGAAGAAAUAUGAGCACUUCUGCCGGUUUGGUGGCUGAACACUCUACGCGUGCAUCACGUGCCAGUAGGAGCAUGUCUUCUUCGUCUGUCCCUUAUGUACGCGGGCUAAUACGCAUGGGUCAAAUUCUGCGUUUCGCACGUUAAGUCAGUGUACGCAAUUCUUUUUGAACUUUACAGACUGAGAUGUUCAUGUUUCCAAAAUAAAGAGUUGUUACCUAAUUUUAUAUAUAUGGAGUGAGAGACUUAGUGCAAAUGUUAGAUCACGUUUUCAUAGAGAGCUAGUCAUGUACUGGAUUUGUAUAAAAUGAUAUGGUUUUUAUCCCAUUGAUCUUUUAUAUGAGUGUACCACGUUUGAGCCACGUGGCUUAUCUGAAGCCAUAGCUUUGAAAGGUGGAAGUAAGUCCAAGUGUGAUUUAUAUUUUUUAACAAAGUUAUGAUUAUUAACCUCAAGUAACUUUCUUUAUAUAAACAACAAACAAAUAGACUACCUAGACCUUUUGACAAUGCCGAUCAUUUUGUGAUUAAACUUCCCUCUGGUUAUAGCAUUUUUAAAAGCACAUUGUACGUUAAAGGAACUGUAAGGUUUUAUUAUCAUCUAAAUACCGAAAAUGAGUUUUUUUUUUACUGCAUCUACAUAUGUAAUAAUGCAUCAACCUUUGUGCCGAUUUAAAAUGAUAACAAUCCGCUUGGGAUAUAUAUAAUAUCAGCGCUUAUUUUUCUUGUUGCUAUGAAAAGCUUUUAUCCUCACUUAAAUACACCUUUCUAUUUUGAUGUGAGAUAGCAAUCGAUUUUAGGCGUAACAUCAUCACUAAACAAGAUUUUCUGGCGAAAAUUGGCAUAGUUGGCAACUAGUCUAUGGGCUUUAUUUU